CCAGACUGGGAGGCGAUGGGGCAGGGAGCCAGCGGUCCCCACCCUUCAGGAACAAUGGCAGAGACGUUCCUUGUGGAGAGCCCCGACGUCACGUACAGCAAAGACUUCAUCGAGGCCAAGUACACGUACAGCACCGUGCACGUCUGCAAGGAGAACGGCGUCACCAAGGUGCGGCCGUGCUCUACCCGCUUCACCUUCCGGACGGGGCGGCAGGUCCCUCGCCUGGGGGUGAUGCUGGUGGGUUGGGGGGGUAACAACGGCACGACGGUGACGGCGGCCGUGCUGGCCAACAAGUUGGGGCUGUCCUGGAUGACUAAGACGGGGCGCAAGAAAGCCAACUACUACGGCUCCCUGCUCCAAGCUUCCACCGUCUGUCUGGGCACCGGCCCCACCGGUGACGUCUACGUGCCUUUCCGGGACCUGCUGCCCAUGGUGCACCCCAAUGACAUCGUCUUCGACGGCUGGGACAUCUCCUCGCUGAACCUGGCGGAGGCCAUGCGGCGGGCGGAGGUGCUGGACUGGCCGCUGCAGGAGCAGCUCUGGCCCCACCUGGAGAAGAUGAAGCCCCGACCCUCCAUCUACAUCCCCGAGUUCAUCGCCGCCAACCAGGAGGAGCGGGCGGAUAACGUCCUCCAUGGGUCCAUGGCUGAGCAGGUGGAGCAGAUCCGCAGGGACAUCCGGGACUUCAGGGAGAGCAGCGGGGUGGACAAAGUCAUCGUCCUCUGGACGGCCAACACGGAGCGCUUCUGCGAUGUCGUGCCGGGGCUCAACGACACCGCCGACAACCUGCUGCAGGCCAUCGAGCGAGGCCUGGAUGUGUCCCCGUCCACGCUCUUCGCCGUGGCCAGCAUCCUGGAGGGCUGUGCCUACAUCAACGGCUCCCCCCAGAACACCUUCGUGCCGGGGGCGGUGGAACUGGCCGCCCAGCGCCGCGUCUUCAUCUGCGGCGACGACUUCAAGUCGGGUCAAACCAAGCUCAAGUCGGUGCUGGUGGACUUCUUGGUGGGCGCCGGACUGAAGACCAAGUCCAUUGUGAGCUACAACCACCUGGGGAACAACGAUGGGAAGAACCUCUCGGCGCCGCAGCAGUUUCGCUCCAAGGAGAUCUCCAAGAGCAACGUGGUGGAUGACAUGGUCCAGGCCAACCCCAUCCUCUACGGCCCCCAGGACAAGCCUGACCACUGCGUGGUGAUCAAGUACGUGCCCUACGUGGGGGACAGCAAACGGGCGCUGGACGAGUACACGUCGGAGAUCAUGAUGGGCGGCACCAACACCAUCGUCAUCCACAACACGUGCGAGGACUCGCUGUUGGCCAGCCCCAUCAUCCUGGACCUGGCCAUCCUCACGGAGCUGUGCCAGCGCGUCACCUUCUGCACCGAGGGUGACCCCGAGUUCCAGGGCUUCCACAGCGUCCUCUCCAUCGUUGCCUUCCUCUGCAAGGCCCCACUGGUGCCCGAGGGCACCCCCGUCGUCAACGCCCUCUUCCGCCAGCGCAGCUGCAUCGAGAACAUCCUGAGGGCCUGCCUGGGGCUGCCCCCCCAGAACCACAUGCUGCUGGAGCACAAGAUGCAGCGGCCGGCCCCCAGCCCGAAGCGCGCCUGUCCCGGGGGGGCCGCCUGCCCCCUCGCCCCAAAAAAAACAACGGCGGCCACCCAGCUCAACGGGCACCCCUGCCCCGGCACCCCCCGGCCGGGACCCCCCCGGACCCCCCUCCAUGUUGAUGGGGCUAACAGCGGGUGACUUUUUGUAUUUCCGAUCAGCUUUUUAAGGGGGGGGGGGGGGGGAGUUGUGUGGGUGUGUGUGUGGGUGGAUUUUGGGGGGCGGGGGGGGGGUGUCCACGACCUGCUGUUCCCCCCCUCCCCUUCCCCGAGCGCUCGGCGCUGCCUGGCUCCGACGCCAGCUCAAAACUGUGAAGCUUUGUACCCGCCAAUAAACCCCGAGCACAUCACGUUCACACCCCCCCCCCCACUCCCUGUCUCGUCUGGUUCCUGGGAGACACCCCCCCCCCGGUCCCCCCACCAGCCCCAGGGCGAAGUGAGAGCCAAAGGCCAGCACCUUCUGAAAAAAAAAAAAAAAUCAAAUUACAUUUAUUGAUGAGGGGUGGAUUUUUUUUUCUGGUAUUUUUUUUUUUUUUUUUUUUUUUGUUUUGUUUUUUUUUUUGGGGGGGGGAGGGGUUCCCUGUUUUAUUUUGAUAAGUAACUGGGGCUCUAAAGGCUUUGAGGACUAGAAAUGGGGUGGGGUGGGGUGUUCCCUACACAGAACAACUACGCCUAGGGCGUGGGCGCUACCCUUAUGGGGGGGCUGGGGGCUGCCCCCCGCCUUGGUGGGGGGUUCUGAUGGGGCCCCCCUGGCAUGGGGCUGUACAGGGGAGGGGGCCUAGGUGCACAGCGGCAGUUUUGGGGAGGGGUGUGGGGUGUCAAGGGCAGGGGUUUGAGGUCCUUUCUGGUAUAAAAGAGG